GGGAGGACGGUGUCGAAAGUUCAGGAUCUGGUACGAACCUCCAAGGCGAGUUAGGUGAUUGUGUAGAUGAGGAUGGUCCAAUUAGUCCAAGCGAAAGAAGUUGCGGUGGAGGUAUAGCAGUAAAGGAGGACGAAGAUGGCGAAGGAAGCGAUGAUGAAGAAGAUGGAAUAACAUUGAAUCCAUCAACUUCUACGAUCAGCACAAGACUGAACCCUGUUGUUCUCAGGGAUACUGGUCCUCCAGAUAGAGAAUUUAUAAUUUCACGGUGUCCGUCAAUAGAUUCUCGAGAAUCAUUUGGCCCAGCAAUUGGAAGUCCACCACCAAUAGCAAACCGAAACAGUACAAGCCCUGUUAGUCCUCUUGGCAAUAUCGGACCAUUACCUUUGGGUGUACACCCACUCUUACCUCCACAAUCAGCAGCUAUGAUGGCUGCUUAUCUGCAGCAGACGCAUCAGCGUCUUUUACUGGGCCAUUCACCUCUUUCACGAAGUUCAAUUUCCCCUAUAGUGUCUUCUUCGUGUUCUCCACCUGCUGGUACUACAGGAAUUCACGUCUCUCCAAUUAGUGGUGACAUAUCACCCAAUGUAGCUCAGUUGUCAACUGUACUCGAUUUCAGUACACGUAAAACUUCAUCAACAGAAGAAGAUGAAGAAGAACAAAUUCUUAAUUUAAGCAAACCACCUACACCGUCUUCCUCAACGGAAACUAAUAAUGGCCCUUUGGAUCUAUCUGUGCCAAGUCGGAAAAGACCUGUCCCCGAGGAUUCACCACCACCUCCUCCACGUAAAUCUUUGAAAGUAGCUGUAAGUACACCUAUUAUACAUCAAGAUACAUCAGCCAAUGUUUCGACCUACACUCGACAAGUUGUUUCACCGUGGACGUCUCCUGUUGUAGCAUCACACUUUCCUUAUUUUGCCGCAGCGGUUGCGGCAGCAGCAACUAGUCAACAACAGUUAUCGCCGAAGAAUAAUACCAGUGUAGUUGAUCAUCAUCAUUUGUGGAAUGGAAAAAUAAAACCAUCAGUUGUUGAUAAAUCCUAUCAGCCAAGUGAAGCGACAAAAGCGUUGGAAAAAAUGAGUGAAUUGAGUAAACUUAGUGGUGAGGAUCUUUUUAAAUCAACUUCAGGCACAAGUAUAAAUACAGGUGGUACUUCUAUAGCAUCUAGUAGUAGACAUAGCGCAUGGCAAUCGCAUUGGUUAAAUAAGGGUGCCGAUCAAGCGAAAGAUGUUUUAAAAUGUGUUUGGUGUAAACAAAGCUUUCCAACUUUAGCUGCAAUGACAGCGCAUAUGAAGGAAGCUAAACAUUGUGGUGUGAAUAUGGCAGUUCCACCACCAGUUAGUGGAUUGCCAACACAACAACCUCAUCAUUCUUCGAUAUCCCAAACAUCUCCACAGUCGCAUCAUUUACAAACUUCUUCAAGUGGUAGUGGAAAUAAUACUAAUUCUACAUCAAUUAGUAAACAGAAUCCUUCGGAACUGAAUCUAUUAAUAAAAGAAACAAUGCCUUUACCAAGAAAAUUGGUUCGUGGUCAGGAUGUUUGGCUUGGAAAAGGCGCAGAACAAACGCGACAAAUUUUGAAGUGUAUGUGGUGUGGUCAAAGCUUCCGAUCACUAGCGGAAAUGACAUCACAUAUGCAACAAACUCAGCAUUAUACCAAUAUUAUUUCUCAGGAGCAAAUAAUCUCUUGGAAAUCAUCGGAUGAAAAUAAGGGUGUUAGUAGUGGAGGAGGAUCUGGUAUAACUACAGGGAGCAGUGGUGGAGUUGGCAGCGCAGCACCUGGAAGUGGUUCUGGACUUCAUGGUACAAAUACAGGACAUGGAGUUGGAACAACUAGCAGUCAUGUGAGUGCUGUACUCACUUGUAAAGUGUGUGAUCAGGCAUUUACUUCACUAAAGGAACUUAGCAAUCAUAUGGUAAAAAAUAGCCACUAUAAAGAGCAUAUAAUGCGAUCUAUAACAGAAAGUGGUGGGCGGCGAAGGCAAACACGUGAAAAAAGAAAAAAAUCAUUACCUGUAAGAAAACUUUUAGAACUAGAGAGAGCACAAAAUGAAUUUAAAAAUGGUGACGUUGGAAAUACUACACUUGGACUAGGUAAACAUACUGGAAGAAUUACUUGUGAAAAAUGUGGUGAAAAAAUUGAAACGACGAUUUUCGUAGAUCAUAUACGUCAAUGUAUUGGUGCAGGUACACUUGGGGUUAGUCAGCGAAAUUUUUUGAAAAAUGCUUUAAUGUCAAAUCACUUACCAACUAUAUUAACUCCUGGAGAAUAUGAUCGUAAAACGAUAAAUGAAGAAAAUUCUUCAAUUUCUUUGAGACAUCAUCGAUCGCCAUCUUCAGCAAGUGAUACAACGACACAUGGAAAAGAAACUCCUACAUCAGGAAUAAAUGAAUCGUGCGAAGGUACUUCUUCACCAUCUGUAUUAAAUGCAAUUGAAAAAUUGAUCGAGAAAAGCUUUGAUUCACGUAUCCGUCAUGGAUCUUCAGGUAUACAUCAUGCUCAGCCUGGUGCACCAAUUGGUUCAAGUAUUCUUAAACGUUUAGGAAUUGAUGAAAGUGUAGACUACACAAAGCCAUUAGUUGAUUCUCAGACUAUGAAUCUUCUUCGAUCUUAUCAACAACAGCAUCUGGGUACGACAACAAUAAUCCGUAGAGAACGAAGUGGUAGUGAGUCUAGUUCAAUAUCAGAAAGAGGUAGUGGUCGAACUGAUACAAUGACCCCAGAAAGACGAAUAGACCCGGUAACUACUACACACGAUAGACUUUCAUCUUCUUCUUCUCACUCGAACCAACACCGUGCAACACCUGAUAAGCAAGUGACUAUUCUUCCUUCCAGUCAUCCUUUAGCAAAUGAAGAAUCUGAAGAAGAUGAAUUAUCUGUUGUUAUAAAGAAAGAACCAAAUGAUGAAAAUAUAGAAAAUUUAGUGGUUAAUGAAAAUGGGCAACAGUCUGAAAGUCUAAGAAGAAUUGUCGUAAAAAAAGAAAUAAUUGAAGAUGGUACAGAAGAAGAUGAAUCACAAUCCUAUAACCAUAGAAUGAGUAGUAAUAGUAUUCGAGAAUCUUCAGAAGAAAGAAAAGAUGUAUCACCUCAAAUGAAUCCUCCAACUCCGAAACCUUUAGGUCAAGUUGAACAAUUGGCUCAUAGCCCAAGCAGAAAUAGUACAAGCAGUCCAGCAAGUAGUGAUAGAUCAGUAACACCACGAGGAACUCCAGAUAAUAAAACUUCUAGCAGUCUUGGUGCUUUGUCUUCUAUGUUUGAUAGUUUGUCAGGUGGUGGAAAUUUAUCGAAUACUAACAAUGCAGAUAGCCAAGGUCGUAAAACUAGCAGUCAUCCUUUAGCAGCCUUACAAAAGCUAUGCGAUAAAACAGAAACUCGAGGGUCAGCUGGGGCUGGCAACACAAGAUCAGGGCCUACUUCAAAUACGUUACUUGGAUCUGGAAGUGGCUCUACAUCGAUUACUGGUGGUGUUGGUGCAAGCUCAACUCCAGGUGCAAUCCUUGCUUUUAGUUGGGCUUGUAAUGAAGCUGUAGUUACAGCUGAUUCUAUUAUGAAAUGUGCAUUCUGCGAUACUCCAUUUAUUUCAAAAGGAGCUUAUAGGCAUCAUUUAUCUAAGAUGCAUUUUGUGAAAGAUGGUGUGAUUCCUGAUCCUUCGACUAUUAGUCGUUCUACAACGGUUACCACUGGGACUUCAGUCAAUUCUCAAACUGCUUCUAGUGGUCCAAGCCAUAGUUCCUCAUCACCACCGCCAUCUCAGCGAAAUAAAUCACCACCGAUUCUUCAAACAAAUGGCAGUCCUUCGCAGUCGACAACCUCACCAUUGGAAGAAAGUCCGCAUUCUAAAUUUCUUAAGUAUACGGAAUUAGCAAAGCAAUUAUCUAGCAAAUACGUAUAGUCUAAGUCUCGUAAUUAGCGGUGUCCAUUGUACAUAAGUGUAUCUAUAUUGUAACAAGAUUGAGAAUUGGUUCAAAUUUACAGAGUUGCACUUCGCAUAAUCGUACCACCAGUUGUAGCUAUGUUACAAUGAGGUCUAAUAAAUUUAAUAGAUAGAAUUAUAACAAAUUUCUUAAAAUCAAG